AGUUAUAAUAGUCUUUGACUCUUUGGAUUACAGUAAUCCUAAAUGUUGGGUGACUAGUCCGAGUUAGGGUUUCAUCCUCAAUUUCUUCCAAAUUCAAUUUUGUAGGUCAUUUGAAUUCUAUGAUCUGGUAAAUAUGGAGGCUUACAAGAAUUGGGUUCGCCAAAACAAGGACUAUGUUCACUCCUUGGAGUCUCUUGCUAAUGGAUUGACAUGGCUUCUUCCUGAACGCUUUUCUGCUUCAGAAAUUGGGCCAGAAGCAGUCACUUCGAUAUUGGGCAUACUUACAGCAAUCAAUGAAUAUAUAAUUGAGACAACACCAACACCAACACAAUGGCGGCUUCCCACAUCAUCAUCAUCAUUUCCUUUUUCAUUGUGUAUAUCUGCUUUGAAGGAAGUAGAGACAUUGGUAGAAGUUGUGGCACAACAGUUGUAUGGAGAUGACAAAAAGUGGAACUUUAUCUUAGUUACAGAGGCCUCUAAGGCUUUGCUGAGGUUAGCAUUGUUUCGAGAUACUGGCUACAAGAUGCUUUUACAUGGCGGUGAAACACCAAACAUCGAAAAUCCUUCUAAUCCCCAUAACCAUCUUGGAGAUUUGGCGAAACCUGGUGGAGAUCAGAGGCCUGCAUACCUCAAUAAUCAUUAUGAACAAAAUCCAUGGAACCGUGAAGGAAAGGCACUUGCUGCAUUGAAUAGGUUUGGCGAAAAUGCUAGGAUGGUUUAUGAUCCAACAUGGCUUAGAAGGACCCAACAGCCAGGAGCUAUCACAGACAGUCCGAAUUUGGCGAUUGAAAGGCAAACACUUUCAUCAAUAUUAUAUGAGAAGGGUCUUCGUGGGGGCUUGUUUCUGAUGGGGGAGACACUAUUUAUCUUAAGGCCACUCAUUUAUGUAUUGUUUAUCAGAAAAUACGGGACACGUUCGUGGAUACCAUGGUUCAUUUCACUUGCCGUGGAUCUUGUUGGUUCAAGUGCUAGCUCACUAGCAACAAAAUCAAAGGAAGGGACAAAUGCACAGAAAGAGGUUCAUCUUUCUGUAGCUGAAAAGGAUGAGCUAAGAAGGCGGAAAGUGUUGUGGGCACUGUAUAUUAUGAGAGACCCAUUCUUUUGCACUUAUACCAGGCGAAGGCUUGAAAGUACUCAGAAGGUGUUGGAACCUAUCCCUGUUAUUGGAUUACUUACAGAAAAACUAGUCGAGCUUAUUUUCGGAGCCCAGACACGGUAUACUUACAUGUCCGGGUCAUAGUGUUGUUGAAGAUGAAGGCUAGUGCCAUUGUUCUUAUGACGAUCUAGUUUUUUUGUAUCAAUUUUUUUUUUCCGUGUAAGAAAAGUUGGCUCUUCCGCCUCUCUUCGCCUGUAUGUUCUAUUUGUGAUUCAAGCGACAUAUGACAAAUAUUCAAGCUGUAAUGAUUUAUCAAUAAUGAGUGAUUUCUAUACUUUCUA